ACAUCCACAUGGUAGCUUUCGCUAAGAAACUGCUCACGGGCUCCGCUCAAUCCGUCGUAAAGCGAGAACGAUGCACGAAGUCCUGGACAAAGCUGAAGGAGGCGUUAAAAGAUGAGUUCGAAGACGCCGUGACUGACCAACAGAUACACCAGGAGUUGGCAAAUAGAAUGAAGAGACCAGACGAGAGUCUGCGACAGUAUAUGAACUGUAUGCGUGAGAUUGCGGGACAGGGAACAGUCGAUAUACCGUCGCAAGUCAGGUAUAUCGUUCAAGGCAUUCCCGACGAGCCUGCGAACAAGGCUAUGUUGUAUGGAGCCAAGACCAUGCAACAACUAAAAGAACGGUUGAAGCAGUAUGAAGAGAUGAGGGAGGACAUGAAGGCGAAGACAAAGUUUGGGGGACACAAGGAGGAUAAAGGAAAACGAUUGGAAGUGCGAAGCCGGCCGAGGCCAACAGCGAGUGAUAAUAGAAGAUGUUUCAAUUGUGGCAGUGCGGAUCACUUAAGUGCUAAGUGUCCGCAGAAAGGAAAAGGUAUGAAGUGUUUCAAAUGCAACGAGUUUGGACAUGUGGCGGCGAAUUGUACAGCGCGACAAGUAAAGACUUACGUAAUCUCAAGACCGGAGAGGAAAAAGUACUUGAAGGACGUGUCGAUAGAUGGCUGCAGGUUUGUCUCGUUAGUGGAUACAGGUAGUGACCUCACGUUUUUACGAUCGGAUGAGUAUGCGAGGUUAGGAUCACCACCUCUGGGAAACUGCAAACUUAGGUUUGAUGGUUUUGGUUCCGCUGGCAAUAGUACCUGGGGCGAGUUUACAAGGGUAAUGACGGUCGACGGACCAGGUAGAGUUGCGAGUCAAACGGGGCGAGGUGACAUUUUUACGACUCGACGAUCAGACCGACGGUCACGAGGACGCGCCGGAUGUACUGAGCGUAAACGCGGUAGAACAAUUCGACGAGAUCGACUUGUCGCAUGUACGAGAACCUCAUUACCGUGAGGCCAUUCGGGAUAUUAUUAAAGGGUAUAGGCCGGAGAAGAAGAGAGACGUCGGAAUAACCGCAAAGAUAGUUCUGAAAAGCGACAAACCGGUAGCGCGAAGACCGCGAAGACUGGCGCCGUCGGAAAGAAAGGAAGUAGAUGAUCUGAUGGAAGCGUGGACAAACGAGGGUGUCAUCAAACCGUCAGACUCGGAGUAUGCGAGUCCGAUAGUGGUAGUCCGAAAGAAAGAUGGCUCCAUCAGGGUUUGCGUCGAUUUUCGUGAGCUUAACGAACUCAUUGAGUGUCCACAUUUUCCGUUGCCGUUAAUUGUAGACGUUUUAGAUGCGUU